AUUGAACAGACCCGUAAGAGAGCAGCACGCCCCGCGUGCCCCCCAGUGAGCACAUCGCGAGGGACCCACCGCCUCCUGGGCUGUAACAACUGAUUCGGUGAUGGGGAGAGGAGCGCUGGCGGGGAGUCUGGGCGGGGCUACUGCCAGGUGGACCGAGACGAGCUCCCAGAGGGAGAAUGACACCAGGCCACUUCCAGAGGCCGGGGCUGAGCACUGCAGAGUGUUUGGGUGCCGGGGAGUGAAGCAGCUCCCGGGAGGAGUGGGACACGGAGCAGGCUUGAAGCCCUGUCUGCUUCUACAGGUGAGGGGCAUGCUCAUCCCGGACGCGGAGGGCGGAACAGCGAAGAGGGAUGACGACGUCAACUUCCUCAAGGGGCACGAGGCAGCACUACUUGGGAAGAAGCAAGCAUUUAAUCCAAAGCUGAGGGUCGUCCACGCCAGUGUCCCCGCGCACCUGCGUUCCGGCCCUGCCUCCGACCGGACUCCCCGCCCUGCCCUCGGCGCAGCUUCCAGGGCGGGGCCUCCACAGCCUAAUUCAGCGCACGUCCCUCUUCUGCUCAGAACCCUCCAAGGCCCCCAACUCACUUGGAAUCAAAGUCCUGACAACGGACUCCUGCUCUCUGUCCUCCCCUCCUUCCCGCCUUCCUCAUCCCCUGGGCCUCCUGGCCACGCGGAGCAGCACGGCGAGCUGUGGGCUUGGCCUCGCUGGGCCUCCGGUCCGGUACCCUCCCCCCGAUCGCUGCAGGUCUCUGCUCAACGUCAGGUUCACUGACUGCCGGACGGAGGUAGCCCCGCGCCCCCUCAGGCCCACCCCCCAGCACUUCCUACCUCGCUCUCUGAGCAAGUACCCGCUGCCCUGACAGCACACACAUCUACCGGCUGACUGUCCGCCAUUCCUCAGCAGAGGGGAGGCUGCGGAGGGCAGGGCUGGGUCUGCUUUGCUGUAUCUGGCACUUCGUUAAACGAUUAAAUCGACAGAACGACGUGCAAGGGCUGUGCUCUAACAAAUGCGCCGAGUUUCUGAGGAAGCAAAU